AUGGACACUUGCUUGGACUGCAAGAGAGUCACCGAAACGGUCACCGACAUAAGAACCGGCGACACAAUCUGCACAGAGUGUAGCCUCGUCAUCUCCGAUCACUACAUCGACGACAGCCAAGAAUGGAGAACGUUCGCCAACGAUGAUAACUGUGACCGAGACCCUAACCGUGUCGGUGCUGCCACCAACCCUCUUCUCAAAUCCGGAGGCAUAGGCACCAUCAUCGAUAAAACCACCACCACCUCCAAGAACAAUGACUUGAUAGUGACUCGAACACAGAACCUCGUGAUCAGAAACUCUGAGGAGGAUAUGAUCGUGAAAGCGUGCCAAGAAAUCAAGAAGAUGACGGAUGGUCUAAACCUAGUUAGUGGCGUCGAGUUUAGGGCUUGCGAGAUUGUCUCAAAGUUCAAUGGUGACAACAGCAAGAGGUUGAGCAGACGUAAACACUUAACCGCUGUCUGUGCGGCUGCUGUUUCAACGGCUUGUCGUGAGAUGAAUCUCUCGAGGACGUUGAAAGAGAUCUCCACGGUGGCUCACGGUGUGAGUUUGAAAGAUAUAAACAAAGCGAGUAUGGCUAUAAGGCGUUUACUCGAGUCAUCAGAUCAAGGGGAGACAGCUUCUUCUUCUUCUUCUCCUUGUGCUGCUCCUCCUCCUCAGGUGAUUAUCAAGACAGGAGAACUAGUUCGCAGGUUCUGUUCUAAACUAGACAUAACUGAGAGAGAGACAAAGGCUAUACGAGAAGCUGUUGAGAUAGCUGAUAAUUUCGAUAUCCGGAGAAACCCUAAGUCGGUUCUUGCUACUAUUAUCUUCAUGAUCAGCCAGCUAUCUAAGACCAAAAGGAAUCCUAUUCGAGAUAUUGCGAUGGCUACGGAAGUAGUGGAGAAUACAAUCAAGAGCUCAGCUAGGGAUAUGUACCCUUACGCAUCGAAGAUUAUACCCAAAUGGUAUGCUUCUGAAGAAGAGGUCACGAGGUUAGGAGGUAUCAUAGGAUCUUGGGAUGCAGCACGAGAUUAA